AUGAUGACUUGCAUCAUCCUUCACAACAUGAUUGUGGAGGAUGAGUAUGACUAUGAUGCUCAAGAGGUGUUUGAACCCGAUCCAAUGAACACAUCGUUGACAAGAAUAUAUGAAAGGCCGAUUGGACCAAAUGGACUACCACUGGAGCCCGAACCCAUACUUCGGGAUGGUCAAUUCAACAACCCCAUGAUUGAUCGGUAUCAAGAAAUGCAAUCUUCAUAUGUUCACGAGAUACGUCAACGUGACUUGAUCGAGCACUUGUGGGAGAUCAAAGGCAAUCACAAUGGAUGA